AUGGGCACCCAAGUAGACCACUUCACCAUCCCAUCAGUCCUUAAAGCCUGUGGCCAAUCCUCUGUUGAAAUGUUAGGAAGAGAGAUCCAUGGUUUCGCGCUAAAGGGCGGUUUGGAUUGUGAUGCUUUCGUGUGUAACGCGUUGAUCAAAAUGUAUGGUGAAUGUGGGAGAUUGGAGUUGGCACGGUUAGUAUUUGAUGUAAUGUGUGAGAGAGAUGUGGUUUCUUGGAGUACUAUGAUUAAUGGCUAUGUGAGGAACAGAGGGUUUGGUGAGGCAUUGGAAGUUAUAAGGGAGAUGCAUUUCUUGCAAGUGAAGCCUAGUGAGGUUGCUAUGAUAAGCAUGAUUGGUUUAUUUGCUGACAUUGCUGAUGUGAAAAUGGCGAAAGCAAUGCAUUGUUAUGUUGUGAGGAAUAGUGCUAAUGAGAAGCUGGUGGUUCCUGUAACUACUGCUUUAGUUGAUAUGUAUGUCAAGUGUGGGAAUUUGGGUUAUGCAAGAAGGCUGUUUGAUGGGUUGGCUGAGAAAAGUGUUGUUUCAUGGACCACGAUGAUUGCAGGAUGCAUUCGUUGCAAUGAGGUAGAAGAGGGGGUGAAACUUUUCAAGAGAAUGCUGGAGGAGAGAAAGUUUCCUAAUGAGAUUACAGUGUUGAGUUUGAUUAUUGAGUCGGGGAACGUUGGAGCUUUGGAGUUGGGGAAGUGGCUGCAUGCCUAUGUUUUGAGAAAUGGGUUUGUCAUGUCUUUGGCUUUGGCCACUGCUUUGGUUGACAUGUAUGGGAAGUGUGGUGAAGCCGAAUAUGCGAGGGCUGUGUUUGACAGCAUCGAGGAGAAAGAUGUGAUGAUUUGGAGUGCUAUGAUCUCGGCUUAUUCACGUGCUAAUCAGACUAAUCAGGCUUCAGAGCUCUUUGCUCGGAUGAAGGAUAGUGGAGUAAGGCCAAAUCAAGUUACAAUGGUUAGCCUCAUUUCACUAUGUGGAGAAGUAGGUGCUCUUGAUCUGGGAAAAUGGGUUCAUUCUUACAUAAACCAGCAGCGUAUAGACGUUGAUGUGAUACUAAGAACAGCUCUAGUGGACAUGUAUGCAAAAUGUGGGGAGAUAGAUGUCGCUCUCAGGCUGUUCAGCGAAGCUAUAAAUCGAGAUAGUCAGAUGUGGAAUGUCAUGAUCACUGGACUCGCUAUGCAUGGUUGUGGUAAACAAGCUUUAGAGCUCUUUGAAGAAAUGCAGAGACAAGGUGUUAAGCCUAAUGACAUCACAUUUAUAGGGCUACUUCAUGCUUGUAGCCAUGCUGGGUUGGUAGCAGAUGGGAAGAAGAUUUUCGAGAAAAUGGUACAUGACUUUAGCUUGGCUCCAAAGGUUGAGCACUAUGGAUGCAUGGUGGAUUUGCUAGGCCGAGCUGGGAAGCUCGAUGAGGCUCACAAAUUGAUCAAAAGCAUGCCCCUGGAGCCUAACACAAUUGUUUGGGGUUCCCUACUUGCUGCCUGCAAAACUCAUAAGAGUCCCAACUUGGCUGAAGUGGCAGCAAGACAACUGCUUAAGUUGGAACCUCAAAAUUGCGGUUACAAUGUUCUGAUGUCAAACAUCUAUGCAGCAUCAAACAAAUGGGUUGAUGUUGCUGGUGUCAGAAAAGCCAUGAAAGACCAAGGAACCAAGAAAGAACCAGGUCUCAGCUCAAUAGAAGUAAACGGCGCAGUUCAUGACUUCAUGAUGGGUGAUAAAACACACCCGCAAACAAGAAAAAUUUAUGAAAUGCUGGCUGAGAUGAACAAGAAGCUAAAAGAGGCUGGAUACACUCCUAAUACAUCUGUGGUCUUGCAGAACAUAGAUGAGGAAGAGAAAGAAACUGCGCUGAACUACCAUAGUGAAAAACUGGCCAUGGCAUUUGGCCUAAUCAGUACAGCUGCAUGUACCCCAAUUCGGAUUGUAAAAAAUCUCCGAGUGUGUGAUGACUGUCACACAGCUACAAAGCUGUUAUCAAAGAUUUACAGCAGAGUAAUGAUAGUAAGGGACCGGAAUCGCUUUCACCACUUCAUAGAUGGAUCUUGUUCUUGUGGUGACUAUUGGUAG